AUGCCGACGGGCUAUAAACACACAGAUGCGAGCAAGAAGGCCAUGGUACGAGGCACAAUCUCGUACCUAGAAUCACAGGGCCUCCCCAUAAACAAGUCAGCCAUCUUCCGCCACUUUGGCGUCACCCGCUCACAGGGCUAUUCAGCCAUGGUCGUCCCAGCAUCACAGCGCAAUGACCCUUCAUGGGAAGAGACUCGUGGACGUCCAGCCAAGCUCUCAGCAGAAGAUCAAGAGAAGAUGGAGCGCAUCUUAUGGGAUCCACGCUACGAAGCAAUGAGUCUCAAUUGGACGACUUUGGCCAGCGAAGCAGGCAUAGCGAGCUCAUGCAACGCGAGGACCAUCCAUCGCGCCAUGGGCACGCUCGGGUACAGAAUCUGUCGUCGCUGCGGCCGAAGCAGCGUCGGACUAAAGAGUAAAGAGAAGCGAGUCGAAUAUGCGCGGCGCAUGCUUGAGCGUCGGUCGCAACCGCAGGACUGGCGAACAGUGCGGUUCAGCGGCGAACUACACUUUGGGUUUGGUCUCGACGGCCAAGUGCGCAUCGUCCCAAAACCAGGCGAGACACACUGCGCAACGUGCAAGGAAAGCGGCGAUGCCAGCUGGGGCCGCGACGUCAAGCGGGUGCAUGCGUGGGGAGCGCUGGGGUACGGCUUCAAGAGCGAGCUUGUGUUUUACGAAGACGGUGGCGCGGGGAACAGUAGCGGCGUUUUGAGUAUGGAUGAAUACAAGACGAAGAUUCUGGACGGGGUGGUGAAGCCAUGGCUAGCGGAGGAGACGGUGUUUGUGCUGGAAGAGGACGCGGACUCGUUUGCGCACGGUAGCGCGAGUAAAGUGAAUACGGUGCAGGCGUGGAAGGCGGUGCAUGGGCUGGAUACGCAGUUUUGCUGUAGCGAGAGCCCGGAUUUGAAUUUGCUGGAUUCGGUGUGGCCGCCGCGGAAGCAGUGGAUGCGAGAGGAGGAGGUGUCGCGUGAAGGAGAGCAGCAGCAACAGACUUAUAACUGGGAUGAUGGGACGCUGCAGAGAGUGGUGCAGGAGGUGUGGGAGGCGGUUGAGAUGGAGCGGGUGAAUCUGUGGGUGGACUUUAUGCCGGCGCGGUUGAAGGAAGUGGUGGAUGGGAAGGGCAAGAUGGUGGCGUGGUAG